AUGUUUCCUCUGCAGCAGCUGGACUCCGGAUGCUUCUGCUUGGACCAUUUGGGCGAACCUCUAACUCCCAACCCUUUCCUAGCCCAAACCUUGUUCAAUCCGUACUACCCCCAACUGUGGUUCCCGCUACCGUUGAAGAUCCCCCAACCGAAACCUGAGAAACCUCCCUACUCCUACAUAGCCCUGAUAGCCAUGGCCAUCUCUUCGUCCCCAAAGCAAAGACUUACCCUCAGCGCCAUAUACAGGUUCAUCAUGGACAAUUUUCCCUAUUACAGGUAA